AAAGCUUCGAGUAAUGAACCGUUUUUCUAUACAAGCUUCAGAAAGCUUCAUCUGCCCAUCACUACCGUAUGCUCUUCAACUUCCUCUGGAAAAACAGGACACAUUACAUCAGAGGCAGUGUAAUGAUGAAUGAUUAUGAACACGGUGGUCUCAAUGCUUUUGUCAUGAUCCUGUGUCUGUGACCCAGCGCUUUGAGUUUAUUCUUAUUAUUUUCUUGUUCAUUCUGAUUUUGUAUUAAUUCUUUAGGUUGGGUUCUCGUGUCUUGUGAUCCCUUCCUGUGUCUUCCCUCUGCUCUGUUUGUGUUCCCGAGUUUGUGUUGUAGAACAGUCUGUGAGUUUCCUGUUUUGUUUUGUAGGUUUGUGUCCCGUUAUGCCUUCUGGCAUCAUUGAUCACGUGACUCUAUCCAGCCGAACCAAGCAUCGAGACACUUCUGGAGCAUUGUGUUGUUUUUUUUGGAUACACGCGCCCGAACUGCAGCUUCAAACAGAGCGUGGAAAUGAGCAGUUGGUGUAAAGAUGACAACGCUUUUUUAGAAAUCCUUCAGAUCUGAGACCUCGGGAACACCCAGAGAACUGAACCACUCAAUGAUGUUUCCAGCAGAGUCCAUUUCGGCAACUUAUGAAGCUGGUCAACCUCUGAAGCGCAGCAGCAGCUAUGAAAAAAUGCGCCCUGAUAUGUCUGAGCUGAGGGUUGUUUUGCUGGGCAACAGCUGGUCUGAGAGGAGUUCAGUGGGAAAUGUUCUCAUCGGAGAGACCGUGUUCAAUGCUGAGAAAGAAUGGAAUACCUGUCUGAGAGUGACCGGACCUGUGGAAGACAAAACCAUAGCUCUCAUCAAUGCUCCUGAUCUGCUGGAUCCGAACAUGUCUGAUGACCAACUGACAGAGAUUAUAGACAAAUGUAAGAGUCUCUCUGAACCGGGACCUCACGUCUUCUUGUUGGUUAUACAGCCUGAAACCUUCACUGGGGAAAACCAGAAGAAGCUACAAUCAGUCCUGGAAAACUUCAGCGAUCUAUCAUUUGAUCACUCAUUGAUAGUGAUAUCAUCGCCUGGUGGUCAGAGCUCUGGUUCCACUGAAAACUAUCUGCAGCAUCCACCGGUAACAGAUAUGAUCAAGAAAUGUAAAGACAGCUUGUUUUGGCAGAACCUUGAACAACGUCAACUGGUAAAAGCUAUGGGAAAAAUUGUACAGCAGAGUGAUGGAGAUCACGUGAGCUGUAAUGUUUCCACAGCCACUACAUCUGGUUUGCCCAGUUACCGACCAAGCCUGACACAAGGAGAAACUGUCACUGUCAACCAGGAUCCUGUUAAAGCAUCUUCCUUCAGGAUUGUACUUUUGGGGAGAAAUGAGGACAAAAAGGGAAAACUGUUUAAUUUGAUUCUAAAAACUCAAGAUUCUUAUUUGAAAAGAUUCCAAACAACAAAACAAUGUGUGGCCUCCUGUGGGGAGUGGAGAGGAAACUCUGUAACAGUCGUGAAAACUCCAGACAUGCUCAGUCAAACUGAAGAUGUAGUAAGAACACAGGUGGAGAGGUGCAUCAGACUUUGCUCACCUGGACCAAAUGUUCUUCUGCUGCUAGUGGAUUCUGAUUUCAAUGAGAAGAAGAGAGAAAGACUGAACUUCAUCCUGAGCUUGUUUGGUCAUGAUGCCUUUAAAUACUCGAUGGUCAUCCUGACAGAAAAGAAGAUCAGUAACAGUGUAAAUAAGCUUGUUAAGGAAUGUGGGGACAGAAUGUGUGGAGUAAAUGACACUACACGUAAAACGCUAAUGGUUGAGAUUGAGAAAAUCAUUCCUGGGCACAACAAGCCUUCUUUAAACCUGGUUCUGUGUGGGAGGAGAGGAGCAGAGAAGACGUCAGCAGCCAAGGCCAUUUUAGGUCAGACUGAGCUUCAUCCAGCCUCCAACUCAUCAGAGUGUGUUAAACAUCAGGGACAGGUGUGUGGACGUUGGGCUUCCCUGGUGGAGCUGCCUGCCUUGUAUGGAAAACCUCAGGAGGCAGUGAUGGAGGAAUCACUCAGGUGUAUCUCCCUCUGUGAUCCUGAGGGUGUCCAUGCCUUCAUCCUGGUCCUACCUGUGGCUCCCCUCACUGAUGAAGACAAGGGAGAGUUAGAGACCAUCCAGAACACAUUCAGCUCUCGAGUCAAUGACUUCACCAUGAUUCUGUUCACUGUGGACUCAGAUCCUACAGAUCCAGCUGUUCUUAACUUUGUAAAGAAAAACCAGGACAUCCAGGAGCUCUGUGAGAGCUGUGGAGGAAGAUCUGUUGUUCUCAAUGUCAAAGACAAAGGGCAGAUAUCAAAGCUGCUGGAAACAGUGGAAAAGAUGACAUCUGGCAACGAUGAAUCAAGCUAUACACUCACCAUGUUUACACGUGUCUAUGUGGAUAAAAUCACCACGCUCCAGGCAGAACUGAAAAACUUGAAUCUACAUGACAUAGGCCUUUUGGAUGAAGAGAAGCAGAGCUCAGACCGUCUCAGGAUUGUGCUGAUCGGAAAGACUGGCAGUGGAAAGAGCUCCUCAGGAAACACCAUCCUAGGAAGAAAAGAGUUCACAGCUGGCGCAAGCCAGACAUCAAUCACCAAACAGUGUCAGAAAGCAGAGGGUGACGUGGACGGUCGUCCUGUUGUCGUGCUCGACACUCCUGGACUCUUUGACUCGACUUUGUCACAUGAAGAGGUCUGUGAGGAGAUGACUAAGUGCAUCAGUCUUCUGGCUCCAGGACCACAUGUCUUCCUGUUGGUGUUGCAGAUUGGCCGACUCACAGCAGAGGAGAAGGAGACUCUGAAGCUGAUCAAGAAAGUCUUUGGGAAAAAUUCAGAGACGUUCACCAUCAUUCUUUUCACAGGAGGAGAUACACUCGAACAUCAUGAACAGUCUAUUGAAGAUUACAUUAAACAUGCAUGUGAUGAUUCCUUUAAAAGUCUGAUCGCUGACUGUGAAUUGAGAUACCAUGUGUUCAAUAACCGUGAGAAACAAAGCUGCACACAAGUCAGUGAGCUGAUAAAAAAGAUUGACACCAUGCUUAACAAAAAUGGAGGAAACUGCUUCACCAAUGAGAUGCUGCAAGAAGCUGAAGCAGCAAUAAAGAAACAAAUGGAGAAGCUGCUGAAAGAGAAGGAAGAAGAGAUGAAGAGACAGAGGGAGGAACUCGAAAGAAAACACCAGGAAGAAAUGAAAUCAAUGAAAAGACAAAUGGAAGAGCAAAGAAAAGAAAAUGAACAGAGAGAUGAGCAACUCAGACAGUUACGGGAAAGCAUUGACUUUCAGUCUGAAGAGAGAAAGAAAGAACAAGAAACUAGAAAGAAAGAGAGAGAAACAGAAGAACUUAAAAGACAAGGAUGGGAACAAAAAAUUCAAGAAUUGGAGAAAGAACUACGAUCAGAGUCAGAAUCAAAGGAAAUGAUUAACAGGGAGCUUGAACAGUACAAAGAAAAUAUAAGAGAGCAGGAUCAACUGAAAGAAAAACAAAACCAAGAUGAUGAACAGAAAGAGCAGAAACUCAGGAAGCUCCAAGAAGAAUACAACCAAGUAAAAGAAAAAUAUAAACGUGAAAAAGAAAAAGAGGAUGAAAUCAAAAUAGAACAAGAAGAGAAACUAAAAGAGUUGGAGGAAAACUAUAAGAAAGAAAUUGAAAGCAUGCAGGAAGACAUGGAGAAGUUUAAAGAAGAGGCCAGACAAACAGCUGAAGAGUUCAACGAAUUCAGAGAAAAAAAUGAAGCUGUGAUAGAAAAACUCAUGGAGGAGGUGACGGAUCUAAAGGAGCAACAUCAGAAAGACCUGCUGGGAAAAAUGGAGGAAUAUGAAAGAUUAAAGGAUCUGUCAGACUACAAAGAAAGUCUGAAGCAGGAAAUAGAUGUUCUGCAGGGUAAACAUAAAUCAGAAAUGGCUGAUUUAGUCCUGAUGCUCCUGAGUCAAAAGCAGGAAAACAAGAAAAAAAUUACAAGUAUGCAGGAAUCACACAGAAAAGAGGAAGAGAAGCUUAAAAAGGAUCUUUCAAAUGAGAAAAAGGAAGAAGAGAAGGAAGAAAUUGGUAAACUAAAGAAGAAACAAAAAGAAAAAAUGAAAGGAUUCAGGAAACAGCUUUUGACCCAAAACAAAGACGACUGGGAGACAGAAAGGAGAAAGCUGUCCAUCCAACAUGAAAAAGAAAUUUGUGAUUUGAAGCAAACUCUUUUAACAAAGCAGCAACAAAAUAAAAAGGAAAAAUUGGGUAAACUAAAAGAAGAACACGAGCAAAAGCUGGAAAAUUUCAAACAAAAGCUUCUGAAAGAAAAUGAAAAAAAUGAGAAAGAACAACUUGAUGAGCUGCAGAAGAAACAGGAAAAAGAAAUUAAUGAACUAAAACAGAAACUCGGGACCCAAGAUGACGACAGUACCAGGAAGGAACUGGAAGAAAUGCAGAAAAAACACGAAACAGAAAUUAAUGCGCUGAAAGAAAAACUUCUGAUUACAGACGAGAAACAGUCCUGCUUUGUCUCAUGAGCAAAACUGCAGACAUCAAGAGAGACAUUCAUGUCCUUUAAUGAUGCCAAGUAUCACUAUAACACAUUAUUGGGGACAUUUUGGGAGUCUGUGGGGACUGAAGCACUUCUGGAACCAGCUUCAAGUGGACUAAAACUAAACUAAACUGGACUAACUAAGACAGAUAUAGCUACCUUAAUUCUACCGUAAAACAAUAAGACAAGCUACGCCCUCUCCCAUGCUCCCAGGAUGUGGGGUGAAGCCAGAACACCCUAGAAUGUUACAGACCUCCAUGAGACAGUCUUUCAAUAUGCCACCAACUAUAUACUUCUACACACAAGUGCAGUAUUCUACCAUAUGCAAACUUAUAUCAUUAAAAGAUUAUACUGACUACUAAGUACAAUUUUCCAUUGACAGUAUUCUUUUAUACUUUGAGUUGUGGAAUAGUUUCUGAUUGUCAUUUUACAGAUGUACUGAACAUCAGUUAAUAGUCUUCUUGUCAUGAUCCUGGGUCUUCUGACCCAGCGUUUUAAGUUUAUUUUGUUCAUUAGGUUAUCUAAGUUCAUUUGGUUAUUAGACUCCUUGUGUUUUCUUCCCCUGUAUUUAAGUUUCCCCUCACCCUUUAUGUUUCAUGCUGCGUGUCUUAUGUUAUCAAGUUUGUAUUAUCAUGUCUGUCUCAUGUUUCCUGUUUUAUUUUGAAGGAGUCGUGUGUUCUUUGUUCAUUGUAUUUAGUUUCACUUCCC